AUGCGAUCCUUCUUGAGCAUUCUCUACACUGUGUUGUUGCUGGGUGUACUUACCUCGGCCUGGUCAUGGGAUGGGCUGUUGGCCGAGCGGGGUGACACCCUGGACAGACGAGCAGACUCGACCACCACUGACGCUGCCAGCACCGGUUCGGGUACUACUGAUGCUGGCAGUACCUCCUCUGGCUCUACUGCCUCCGGAACCUCCACGGGAACCAACACCGAUGCCACGACGACGGGAACUGGAACUUCAACGGGUACCGGAACUUCAACGGGUACCAGCACUGGCACCAACACGAAGAGCAAUACCAAGACCAAGACCACCGCGACGUCUUCGAUCUCAAUUGACCCUGCUGCUGGUGCCGGAGGUAUCUCGAUGAUCACCCCGGCCGCUACGUCCACCACCUACUUCAAGGUCGGAUACAACGCAACUUUCGUGUGGAAUUAUACCUCGCUCUCGGUCACCCCAUCUGCCAUCGACGUUGUGGCUUCCUGCAGUCUGAACAGUCAGACCUAUACCCUCGCCUCGAACAUGAGUGUGGACCCCACGGGCACCUUCAUCUGGGACACCGACAAGUACCAGGCUUCCCAGACGAUCUCCCUGUUGACUGCGACCUACACGCUGUUCGUAAUCGAUGCAGACAAGUCGCUUGACGACACUGCUCAGGCAGGCUACUUGAGUGGACAAAUUGGAUACAGCUUCGGCAUGUACCGCCGGGAGUCUUACACUCCUCUCAAUGAAUUCAAAUGUGCCACCUGUAGCGGCGCCAUCUCCGACAUCCAACGCCAAGGCCUCAAAUUCGCCGUGGGCAUGGCCCUCAUCACCAUCCUCUCCUUCACCUGGUUCGUCGGUGGGGCUGGCCUUCUCUAUACUUGA